CGCUCUGAUUGACGUAGGAAAAGAAAAGCUCCAAGAUCGGAUUACAAGAUGGCGGUUAGUGGUUUGUAAAGAGAAGCAGUAGAGAUACACAUUGUUUUUGUGUCUAUUCCGUUGAUUUUCAUUUUAUUUUCUCCUUCUAGAUCCAUAGAUCGCGUAAAAAGUUUUAUCUAUUUUUAAAGGUUUGUAGCAUGUCCUGCAUCUCGGUGUGAAUUAUUUCGCGCGAAUGAAACUAGGGAAUCGCGGUCCGUUUGGAACAUGCGGGUAGAAACAAAGUUUAAAGCUCGGGGUUAAGAAAUUUAAGUUUAUUUUAAGAUAGGGCAUUUGAGCAGGGGAAAGCAUGUCGGACACUCGGCGGCGUGUGAAGGUGUACACGCUGAAUGAAGACCGGCAGUGGGACGAUAGGGGCACCGGGCACGUCUCGUCCACCUUUGUCGAGCGGCUGAAGGGAAUAUCGCUCCUGGUGCGAGCGGAAUCUGAUGGUUCUCUGUUGUUGGAGUCAAAAAUCAGCCCAAACACGGCAUAUCAGAAACAGCAAGACACGUUGAUUGUUUGGUCUGAAGCAGAGAACUAUGACCUAGCUCUGAGCUUCCAGGAAAAAGCCGGCUGCGAUGAAAUCUGGGAAAAGAUUUGCCAGGUGCAAGGGAAGGAUCCGGCACUGGAAAUCACCCAAGACCCCAUCGACGAGUCGGAGGAGGAGCGAUUUGAGGAGAUGCCUGAAACCAGCCAUCUGGUGGACCUGCCUCCCUGCGAGCUGGCCAAGCUAGAAGAGAUCGCCGACCUGGUGACCUCUGUGCUGUCCUCGCCCAUCCGGCGUGAGAAGCUAGCCCUGGCACUCAUGAGCGAGGGCUACAUUAAGAAGCUGCUGCAGCUCUUCCAGGUGUGCGAGGACCUGGACAACCGGGAGGGCCUGCACCACUUGUAUGAGAUCGUGCGUGGGGUGCUCUUCCUCAACAAGGCGGCCCUCUUCGAGGUCAUGUUCUCUGACGACUGCAUCAUGGAUGUGGUGGGAUGCCUGGAGUAUGACCCAGCGCUGGUGCAGCCCAAGAGGCACAGAGAGUUCCUCACCAAGACUGCCAAGUUCAAGGAAGUGAUCCCCAUCACGGACUCUGAGCUGCGGCAGAAGAUCCAUCAGACUUACCGGGUCCAGUACAUCCAGGACAUCAUCCUGCCCACCCCAUCCGUUUUCGAGGAGAACUUCCUCUCUACACUCACCUCUUUCAUCUUUUUUAACAAAGUGGAGAUUGUCAGCAUGCUGCAGGAGGACGAAAAGUUCCUGACGGAGGUCUUUGCACAGUUAACAGACGAAGCCACUGAAUAUGGGAAAAGAAGGGAGCUCGUGAACUUCUUCAAGGAAUUCUGUGCUUUUUCGCAAACACUGCAACCUCAGAAUAGGGAUGCUUUCUUCAAGACCCUGGCAAACUUGGGGAUCCUUCCUGCACUCGAAAUUGUGAUGGGCAUGGAUGACCUGCAGGUGAGGGCAGCAGCCACAGAUAUCUUCUCCUACCUGGUGGAGUUCAGCCCGUCCAUGGUGCGCGAGUUUGUCAUGCAGGAGCCCCAGCAGACAGACGACGACGUCCUGCUGAUAAACAUGGUGAUCAAGCAGAUGAUCUGUGACACGGACCCAGAACUGGGCGGCGCCGUGCAGCUGAUGGGCCUGCUCCGCACGCUCAUCGACCCAGAGAACAUGUUGGCCCCCACUAAUAAAACGGAAAAGACGGAGUUCCUCAGCUUCUUCUACAAGUACUGCAUGCAUGUUCUCACUGCCCCUCUCCUGGCAAACACAGCAGAUAACGCGAAAGAUUCACUGGAGGGAUCCACCAAGAUCAAUCCGGUUUGUCCUGAUAACUUCCAGACGGCACAACUGCUGGCCCUAAUACUGGAGCUAUUGACGUUCUGCGUGGAGCACCAUACCUACCACAUCAAGAACUACAUCAUGAACAAAGACCUCUUGCGCCGGGUCCUAGUGCUGAUGAACUCCAAACACACCUUCUUGGCGCUGUGCGCCCUGCGUUUUAUGCGACGGAUAAUAGGCCUGAAAGACGAAUUUUACAACCGCUACAUCAUCCGAGGGAACUUGUUUGAGCCAGUCAUCAACGCCCUGCUAGACAACGGCACGCGAUACAACCUUCUAAAUUCAGCCAUCAUCGAGCUGUUCGAGUUCAUCAGAGUGGAGGAUAUUAAGUCACUCACAGCACACAUUGUGGACAAUUUCUACAAAGCACUUGAAUCAAUUGAGUACGUCCAGACUUUCAAGGGUCUGAAGACCAAAUAUGAACAAGAGAAGGACAGGCAGACUCAGAGACACAGUCGAUAUCGCCGGGACUCCCGCCCUAUGGAGGACGAUGAAGAAACAUGGUUAAAUGAAGAUGAUGAUGAGGAAGUAGAGACCUUAGUGGAAAAGAGCAAAUCCGAGGAAGACUUUCCUGAGAGCUAUGAAAAAUACAUGGAAGCGAAAAAAGGAUCAGCCAAUGGGACCAAUGGAAAGCCCACAGCCACGCCCUCCAGCCCUCCCAGUCCCAACAGCACCUCUGCAAAGCCCCCUGCAUUACCUGCCACCGCUGUGACCAAGGCUGGGUUGGUCGGCCUGGUGGAUUACCCAGAUGACGAUGAGGAAGAGGAAGAGGAGGAGUCACCACGCAAACGGCCCCGUCUUGGAUCGUAAAGAGUAGCAAGGUGAUCCCUCUGGAGCGAGUUCUGAUGGCACCCAUGUUCUGCAGCCCUCUGGCCUGAGAGCCCCCCCCCAUACCGCUCAGUCUCCUCCGCCAAUUACGCCCGCGGCCUCAUCCCUACUCAGCAUACCCGUAGCCUCACUGGAGGAGGACCAGAGGAGUCAGAGUGCCAACAGUCCCCAUGUCCCCUAAACGCCACCUCCCUCCACUCCCACCGCAGCGCGCUCCACUCGUACCUGCAGGAACGGACGCACUCCCCUACAUCCUGAUCCCUUUUAGAUGCGGAGCAAGGAAUGAUGGGAAGGACAGUCAGGCUAGCAGGACUAGCGACUUAGCAAUGGAUGAUUGGCUUACCGUAAACACCUACAGAUCACACUUGGGAGAGGGGGGGUGGGAUGGCUAGGCAGGAUAAAAAAAAGCUUAGUUCCUCAGAGCGGGACUCACACUUUUAAACGAGUUCUCUGAUGUCAAGAAUAUCAGGGGCUCGUGUCGGAACUCCGUCAGCCAGGAAGCCUGUACUCGUAAUUUUAUUAAAGUACUGUACAGUUUUUUUUAAAUCAUUUUGCCUCCUCAAAUUAUCUGAAAGGAGAGCGACUCCUGCCCAUGUCAUUCUGAGCACAAAAGGUGGGGACCACUGUUUACUUAUUUUAAUUGAAAAUUUUGAUUCAAUGUAGUAAGCAAAGUCGGGUUUUAACAAAACAUUAAACUGCAGUAAAGGCACGUUUUCUGCCCUAAUGGACGAUUUCUAUGGUUUCAUUCUGUACACACUGCUCUUGAUUCACAGGCCAUUCAAAGCACCCCCUCCCACUAAAUUGUUGAGGGGAAAAAUGUUACGAGGAGCAGGGACUGAGCUGCUGGUCGUGACCUUCAGCUCCAGCAGUCCUGGGUGUGGGAUGAUUGCCCCAGCUUAACCAAAAGGCAACUGACUUCGUAUGAUAGAUACACAGUAAUGUGUUUGGUGCAGGCCGUCAGUAUUGCAUAUGUGGCUCUUUUAGGGAGUGGUUGUGGGGGGGGGGGGAUGUCGAGUUUAGUGCCGGCUGUCAAACGAAGGCUACACCAAGCGGUAGACAUUCCUCUGGACAGUGAUGUAGCUUUCGAGCAGGGAAUGAGCAUUUCGGCGUAACCGAGAGACGCCACGGGCAGACCAAACAUUUCAAGGAUAAGGUCGGCUUGGAAAAAUAGGUCUCCCCCCCCACCCCCCUAAAAUUUUGUACAAGUGCAUUUACUACCACUAUCUCGGUUCUACACCAUUUGUAUACAUUUGUUAUUUGAAAUGUUUAAAAAUUAAACGUGAUCCUGGCAUUAAA